AAAGCCUCUUCCCCGUCACGCAGUGUGUCCCUUUACCCUCCGAUAGUCACCCCACAUUCUCAUUAGAGAGGGCAGCCACAUCCCUGCUGCACAUUAAACCUCUCCAUCAGAUCCCUUUCUGCAUUGCUCUUACUCAGAUUCACUUCUGCCCACCUGAGCGCUCCCUGUCAUGUCUGACAACGAGGAAGCGGUGGAGGAGUAUGAGGAGGUGGUGGAUGAAGAGGAAGCCGCUGAAGCAGGGGAGCAGGGGGUAGAGGAGGAGGUGGAAGAAGAGGUGGAGGAAGAGGUGGAGGAAGAGGAGGUGGAGGAGGUGGAGGCAGAACAUCAGGAGGUGGAGGAAGAGACCGUGCAGGAGGAGGACGAGCCUGCUGCAGAGGAAGAGGGCGAUGAAGAGCAAGAUGGAGAAGAGGAAGCAGAGGACGGAGAAGAGGAGGCCAAACCGAAAUUUAAGCCAUUUAUCAUGCCCAACCUCAUCCCUCCUAAGAUCCCAGAUGGAGAGAAGGUGGAUUUUGACGAUAUACAUCGUAAAAGGAUGGAGAAAGACCUGAUGGAGCUUCAGACUUUGAUUGUGGUUCACUUUGAGAGCAGGAAGAAGGAAGAAGAGGAGCUCAUUCAUCUCACAGAUAGGAUUGAGAAGCGUCGUUCUGAGCGCGCUGAGCAGCAUAGAAUCCGCAGUGAGAGAGAAAAAGAACGACAGAAACGUCUUGAGGAUGAGAGAACUCGUAAGGAGGAUGAGGAGGCCAAGAGGAGAGCAGAUGAUGAGGCUAAAAAGAAGAAAACACUCACCAGCCUCCAUUUUGGAGGUUACAUGCAGAAGUUGACAGAAAAGCGGAGUGGUAAGAGGCAGACUGAGAGAGAGAAGAAGAAGAAGAUCCUGAGUGACAGACGCAAAGGUCUGGACAUCGAGCACAUGAGCCAGGACGGACUCAAGGCGAAAGCUCAAGCGCUGUGGGAGUGGAUGAACGAGCUGGAGGCUGAGAAGUUUGAACUGCAGUACCAGUUAACUAGUCAGAAAUAUGAGAUUAAUGUGCUGAGGAACCGCGUCAGCGACCAUCAGAAAACAUCCAAGAGGACCAAAAGAGGCCUGAGGAAAUAACUGCAGACAUGCUGAGUGAGCAGUGUGGGCCCUAACCAUAAGUCUCGCCCAGCAGCCACUGCUUCAAACCAAGCCCUGGCUUUCCUGGCACACCUAUAGUACCACCUGGUCCCACAAUACCAUCACCGACAACACUCAUUAUAUCCAUUUUCCAUCCCCCGUGGUUUUCCUCCUAUUACCAUUUGUAAUGGCAAUUUCGUUGUGACAUGCCAACUAUACCCAUAAAAUGGCUCCUACACCAUCCAUUGAAUCCCCUGUGUUUAAGGGUGUAAAUAAAUUCUUAUUUCAAUCAA